UGACCGGAAAUCCCGUUCUCUUUCCUGUCGCGGCCAACAUGGCGGCUGCCGCGGGUGAUAGUGAUUAUUUCGUGAGAGAAAUUGAAAAAAACGACGGCUGCGCUUUAAAAGUGAAGCAGUGCUACUUAGGAGAUGUCGGGUGUGUUGUUUGGGAUGCGGCCAUAGUUCUGGCUAAAUAUUUAGAGACGAAACAAUUCCACGAUCCGUCCUGUGGCGUGGACGUGUGGGCUGGCAGCAGAGUGCUGGAGCUGGGAGCUGGGACAGGAGUUGUUGGUCUGAUGGCAGCAACACUGGGUGCUCAAGUUACUGUGACAGACCUGGAGGAUUUGCAAACCCUACUGAAGGUGAACAUCCAGGAAAACCAGGCACUUAUCAGCAGUGGAUCCAUUACUGCCAAGGUACUGAAAUGGGGUGAAGAUGUGUCUGAGUUCAAGCAACCCCCACAUUAUGUCCUCAUGGCAGAUUGCAUCUAUUAUGAGCAGUCUAUUGUUCCACUAGUUGAGAGUUUGAAGCUGCUCUCUGGACCAGACACAUGCAUUAUUUGCUGCUAUGAGCAACGCACCGAGGGCGUCAACCCAAAAGUGGAAAAGCAGUUUUUUGAGUUGCUGCAACAGAACUUCAGCUGUGAGGAGAUCCCAUUAGACAUGCAAGAUCCAGAGUUUAGUAGUCCAGACAUCCACAUCCUGCACAUCCGGAAAAAAGUCUGAGUUUGUGUAAUCAGUAAAUACCACAGGAGAAUCAGAUAGUGAAGUGGAAAAUCAGUUGUAUGUUAACUUCUGCACUUUUUAAAAAACAUUUUUUAAGAAAAAUAUUUUCUGAUGUAUUACUAAACACUGUUGUGAUGUCUGCUUAGAGUAAAAGUAAAUUAAAGAGCGAA